AUGGGUGGCCUAUACAGUGUAUAUAUAUUCUUUGCCGUUAUCUUCACUGUCGCUGUCCCUCUCAUGUUCCCUCGAUUGAAGUGGUACUUCAUAAUCGUUGCUUACCUCCUCGCCCUUGCCCUCAGCUUCUACAACUACGACGUUGGCUUAAUCGACAUCAACAUGGCCUAUAACUGUGGCAAGGUGGCUCUCUUCAUCCUCACCACUAUGUCUAGCAAAAAUGAUGCCUUCAUCAUUGGAGUCAUUGGCUAUGGCCUCAUCAAAUCAAUGGUCUCCAUCUCAUCAAAUCUAAUGCAUGACUUCAAAACCGGACACCUUGCCUUCACUUCUCCCCAGUCCAUGCUCUUAACACAAGCCAUAGGCAUGUCGAUGGGAUGUGUGGUGGCCCCUCUGUGUUUCUUCUUGUUUUACAAGGCCUUCGAUGUCGGGAAUUUCAACGGAGAAUACAGAGCACCACAUGCUCUCAUGUGUAGAAACAUGGCAAUUUUGGACGUUAAAGGCUUCUUUACAUUGCCACAACAAUGCUUGGAGUUGUGUUACGAAUUUUUCACCUUCGUUGUGAUAGCCAACUUGAUAAGAGAUGUGAGCCCAAAGAGGGCAGAUCGAUGGCUCCCGCCUCCAAUGGUGGUGGUGGUGUCAUUUUUAGUGAGGGUUUACUUUUCAAUAGACAUGUGUGUGGGCAAUGUGAUGCUGGAUGUGUAG